AUGCAGCAAUUUACAGGACCUAGAUGGGGUCGAUCACCGUCCGACGACGGUACCCAAUUAGACAUCUUCCAGGCAGCGCGCGCCGGCGACUGCGCCCAGCUCGCACGUCUGCUUAAAGGCGGCGCCGACGUGAACACGUGUGACCGCUGGAACUCCUUCCCGCUCUACUACGCCUGCCUCGCUGGCCAUGAUGUGGCCGCGCGGAUGCUGCUCGAGGCCGGCGCAGGCGCCAUCUUCGCCGAGAGCACCUUCGAAGCCGAUCGGUGCUACCGCGCGGCGCCCAACCUGAAAAUACAGAGACUCCUCCGGGAGUACGAGGUGCGGCCGCUUCCCCCGCCGCCCCCGCUCGCUCGGCUUUCCGCCGCCCUCCGGUCGGCCCCUCCAGACAUCACAUUGUACGUGCAAGGAAGACCCAUCGAAGCUCACCGGGUGAUCCUCGCCGCCCGAUCCCCAUACUUCCGUAGGAAACUCGCGACGGAGUGGGGAAGCCGCAGGGAAGUGAGACUCUCCAGCAGCCAUAUGUAUGUGUCCUUCGACCUCAUGCGUAGCCUAGUCGACUUUUUCUACUCGGACAGGGUCGACCUGCCCGCGGACGACGUGGAAGCUUUCGCGCGAAUAUGCAGAGCCUGCCAGUGUCAGGGGCUCCUACAGAGGGCUAACAGAUUCCUCGCGCCCAGGAGGUGCCGAGAAACUCAGCAACUGGAUCGGUGUCAUCCACCGAGGCGUUUCGUUUGGCAAGCGCGGUGCGCGCAAGACCGCCUCCCGUCGGCUCUCCGGCGGAUCCUGUACGACUGUCUGGCUAACUCCAGAGAAGAAGAUCUCCGCAACAACGAGCCGGUCGAGACCUGCGCAGGCUCCAAGAACGACGACCUCGCUGAUAUAUGCGUAAAAGUAGGCGAAAGGGUCUUCCGAUGCCACCAGCUGAUUCUCGCCUCUAGGUCUGAAUACUUCAAGACCAGGCUGUCUCGACGAACCGAUUUUCUCGAGCGCCAUCACGGUGUCCUGGAGGAGCACGACGUGAGUGCAGAAGCGUUCGAGAAGAUGCUCGUGUACAUCUACACUGAUGAGAUAGAGGAUCUGGGCGAUGAUCCUCUUGCUAAGGCGGAAGAGCUUCUGGACAUCGCGUCGAGGUACCUGAUGUAUUGUUUUAAGGGGGUCGUGGCUGACUUGCUGAUUCCACAUCUGGACAUGGACCGCGUCUCGCCGGCGCAGCUGUGCCGCUGGCUCACGCUGUCGGACAUGUACGACGUUGCCAAGAUACGGGAGUACUGCCUGCACAUCAUCGCCUGCAACUUCGAGGCGUUCGCAGAGGCAAGGGAGUUCCAGGCCUUGCUUCUUGCGUCGCGAACGAGCGCGCCAGCUGAGGGCCAAGGCGAUCUUCUCAAUGAUUUGAGACAGACAUGGUUGGCUGCUAGGCUAGAUAGGAGAAAUGAGAGCGCGGCGCUAUUCGAGAAGCGGCUGGAGAUGGUUCUCCUUACUCCACGGCAAGGGGUCAAUGGUGGUGACCAAGGAGGUUUUUCAUGUAUGCCAGACUGGAGCGAAGAUGGUUGCUGCUUCUACGGCGGUGAUGAAGAGACGGCGGACGAGUACAUCCAGAUGAAGACGAUCUUCACUCCCCGGUUUGUGUGCAAGGCGCAGCUAUUCCAACCUAACUUGCUGGUCAGGGCUAUCGACUUCAUUGCAGACAAUGAAGCAGACUAUGUUGUCUACCGUAAGCUGCAGCCACCGGUGAGGUGGAGCUGGCUCAGGACCUGGCUCCGCAACCAGUUUCCUGCUUAG